UCGAAUUUAGUUUGUCGUGUUGAUUGUGUUGAAAAAGUCUUAAUGGAUAAUCGUCGGGUAUAAAUGUAUGAACGGAUGCAAUGAUUUUGGGAAAAUCGUUGAUCGUCGUAUUAGCGACUUUAACAAUUAUCAUUUGCUCGGAUCCAGAUGUUGAUCCUCAAAUACUGUAUACAACUGAAGCAUUCUAUACUCCAUUGUGGCUUAAUCGAACAGGAUGGUCAUUUGGAGGCGUACCAGUUACUCAAUUGGAGAUAAUGCCUUCGUUGAGUGGUCACGCAGAUCUACUUUAUUGGAUGCGCUAUUUUCGUCGAUCAGAUUCACCUGUUGGUUUCAUAUAUGGUAGCCCACCACAAAAUGACGAUGGUGACAUUGACAUCGAUCUAGUUAUAUUGAAUCGUGUCACCUUUAACACGACUAGUUAUCGAUUAAAAUAUCGUAUACUCAACCGAAACGAGAUCUUCAAGUUCCAAGUGGAGAUGAAAUUUUUUGACAUGGACAUUGAAGAUUUUUUCAAUGGCGGCAUGAUGAUUACUGUUCAGGACAUUUUCGCCAAUCGCUUGUGGCAGAAUAGUAAUAACAGUGCUGCUGAUUCAGUAUACAUAACACAAGUGGCCCGGCCGAUCGACGUUGGUGGAAGAUUUCCUCUUGACCCUAACGAAAAAGAAUGUGUGGUCGUUCGAAUAGGGAAUAGUCAUAAUUUCACCGAACAAUUAUAUCGAUUGGAAAGCGAAGUUCGUCAAAUCAAAAACCGUAAUCCAUGUCCUAAACAUUACAAAGCAACCACUGUAGAAUAUGUUUUCCGGGAACGCAAAUUACACGUAGAUUGGUGUAGCUUCAAAUUGAUUAGUCCUUCGAUAUAUAAUUGAAUAAAUCCUGUUUCAAUUUUGAUGGA